CCCUAAAUAGUUUACUUUGUAGUUUCUUGUAUUUAAUCCAUUUCUGAACUACACGAUUGAAGAACUGGAAUAUGUAUAAAAAGUUGUAUUUACUUACGUUGUUGAUAUUCGUCGCGUGGUUGUUUCCGUGGUACUAUAAAUGGCUGACUAAUUCUAAUUCCAUAGUCAGUAAGAAAGAAGAUAUAUCAUCGAAACCAAGAAAAAUAUUUUUGGACUGUGGGGGAAAUGUUGCAUCAUCUGUCCAAUUAUUCAAGGAGACUUACCCAGAUGCAAAUGAAUAUGAAAUACAUUCCUUCGAGCUUGACCCAAAACUUCGUCCAUAUUUCAAACCUUAUGAAUUGCAAGGGUCAGUUACUGCCCAUGUACCAUGUGGGGUUUCAGACAAAGACGGAUUUCUAACAGCUUACCUUGAAAGUGUUUGGUAUCCAGGAAAAACGGGGUUUGCUGGCAAGGAUCAACAGUGGGGCGGAGGAACUCUUUUGGCAACUGAUGAAGAAAAGCAAAAAAAGUUUAAAAAAGGUUCAAGAAAACUUUCCCGUCAAAUUACAGCACCGAUUAUUGACCUAUCAAAGUGGAUUCAAACAAACACAAAAAAGGAAGAUUAUGUUAUUUUGAAACUUGAUGUGCAAGGUUCUGAGUAUGGCAUUGCUGACAAGAUGUUGGCCGAUAACACGUUUGAGUGGAUUGAUAAGUUUUAUGGCGAAUUCCAUAGUUAUGCAGCAGUUGGUGUUGCAAAGACCGAGAGGACAAGAAUAAAAAACUCUGUAGCUGCCCAAGGAGUACAUCAAAUUUUAUGGGAAGGGGAAACAAAACACUAUGAAGAUUUUGGUGUCCUUCACGAAAUUCGGAUACCUAGUAAUACGCCAGGUCAACUUCGCACGAUGAACCACCAAUGUGUGAAGAAGGAAGGAGAAUCUCGGGUCAGCAUUAUUAUCGAGGUAGGCAUGAACGCAAAAACUGCCAGAGUUUUAAUUGAAACAAUUCAUGCCUAUGAGAAACACGUUCCUCUGACAUUAUUCGUUUACGGUGACUUUGUGGAAUUGUAUCCUGAACUAAUCACAGAGUGGAGCAAAGAGUACGAGAUCGGCAUCAGAGGAAGCAGUCCGCUACCAAGGAACCUGUGGGCGUUACAAAACUAUGGAAUUCAGCGACUGUCCGUUGUCAGUGCUGAGAUGAAAUUAAGCAAAUUGGGACUAACAGCAGCGUAUAUAUUUCCACCUGAAUUUGGGGAGACUGUCGCACUCGUUGCAAGUGAGAGAAAUCUGCGAAUGAUUAAUUCGACUGUGACACUGCCACCAAGAAGUGGCAGCCUGACGUUUGAGACGUAUUUCAAAUAUGAGGAUGUGAAACGAACACCGAAAGCUCUAAGGAUCAUUCACGAAGCACUCGUGCAUAGUGGGGGAAUACUGAGUUUGGAUUCUGAUUUUCCAGACAGUCAGAUGACGUCAAUUUUCCUUCUGGAUUAUUUAUACGAGGUUUCUAAUCACAAAAUUACAAGUUUACGUGAAUGUAUUGGUGUUGAGUGA